GGACUUUUAUCCUGGAGAUUUGAUUCCUAGGGAAGUCCCCCCCUACCAGCGACUUCACCACAGCCUGAUAGCUCUCUGAAGGAACAUUAACAUAGCAAACUAUUUAUGGACUGCAGCCUUUUACAAAUUAUUCUAUUGGUUUAGAGGCAUGCACUUGUUUUAACUGCUGUAGCAAAGGAUCUGUGGCAAGGCUUCUUACUCAGCCAUCAGUUCCUGUAAAUCAGCCUGACCCAUUGGCUCAGAAUAUAACAUCUAUGAGCACUAUUUUGAAAUGGGAUGCUCCACAGUCACCUAAUGGUAACAUUCAAAGUUAUGAACUUCAGAUGCUCACUGCCUGUCCUCAGCCAAUGCAACCAAUAACACAGUCUUUUAUUGUUGAAUCCAUUAAAGUUGUAUAUACUGGAAAAGGUCAGAGCUUCAACUUGACAGACCUUCAGCUUCACACAAGUUAUAAUCUUAAAGUAAUAAGCUACAGCUCAGUGGACAGUACAGCCUCCGAGUGGAUUAUCAUUACCACAAAGAAAGAGAUGCCCCAGUACAAAGCACCAUUCAAAGUAACCAGCAACUUGACAGCAAUUUAUUUGGACUGGAGUCAAACAUUCCAGCUGAAUGGAGAACUGAAAGAGUACGUACUGACAGAUAACAACAUUCAGAUUUACAGUGGAUUCGACAGCAGAUUGCAUAUUGCAAGAACAUCUGAUAAAACUUUUCUAUUUCAAGUUAUAUGUACAACAGAUAUGGGAAGCGCAAGUACUCCCACUAUCAAAUAUAACACAGCAACACGUGUGGGUUCUACAAUACCCACUGUUGAGGAGAAAACAGGAGUACCACAAUCAAACACACUGUUUUACAAUGAAUUGUGGUUCAUUACAAUAAUGGCAGUCCUUGGAUUGCUGUUUCUGGCUAUAUUCUUGGCUAUCCUACUGCAAAGGGCAAUAACUAAACAACCAUUCAAACGAGAGAGGCCUCCUUUAAUUCCACUACAGAAGAGGACUAAUCUGCCUAAUGAAUCCUUCAUGGGACUAACUGACACAAAAAUCACAGAACGUGGAGCUCAAAUCAGUAAUUCCAACAUCUCAGUGCUUUGUGUGCCAAGCCAGAGUCAGCUAAGUGACGCCUGUUCUCAGACUUCUCUGCACCGCAGUGUCAGUCAGCUAAUUGAUACCCAUGACAGAAAAUCCCUCAUUGAAGACUCAGUUUGGGACUCUCUUGGACAUGGUCGUGACAGUGGAAUGUACCCAGAUGAUGAAGAACUAUUUGAGUCAAUUAAAGGUUUUAGUUCAGUUACAAAGGAGCACACAAUAUUCACAGACACUCAGCUGUAACAAGAAUUUUCACAAAGCUGAAAGUGCUGGAGAAGCUCAACAGAUCUGGCAGCAGCUGUGGAGGGAGAAACAGAGUUCACAUGGAAUUUCUUUGGAACUACAGAGAGAGUGGAAAAGUCACAGUUUUUAUACUAUUUUGUUUUUAUUUUACUUUUUGAAGCAUAUUUAUUUCUAGGUUUCAAAACGUGUUCAUAAAUAAAUGAGUUAGUGAUGUAUAUUUAGUAAGUCAAAGAUAUUUAGUUGCUGGUCACCAUUAUGAGAAUCCUUUUGCAUUUUCAUUUGGGUUGCGUUUACAUAACUUUCAUUCUGGAGAACUUUUCAAAGUCACAGUUCAUAAUGUGAUAAAUCUACUGUCCAGCAGAGGGCCCUAUGUUAGUAGCAACUGAUGUUGAAUGUAUUUAUUCAAUCUUGUCUGAAGUAUAUUCAUACUUUCUGACAAGAUAUUAAUACAAGUACUUAAAGUUCAUAUAUUUUCCAAAUUCAAACCAUGAUAUAUAAACAAAUUACUCAUUGUACAAACUGUCAACAGCUCUGUUAGAUGUUUGCACAUUCCAUGAAGUCUUAUUUCUAAGAGCAGGUACAAAUGACAUAAUCCUUUAUUAAAGACAGUGUCAGAUUGUCUGAUCCUUGAAAGCAGUAUGCUUCCUGGUAAAUCACAAUUGCCUUGUUAGCAAUUUUCCACUGAUAUUUAUGGAAAGAAAAUUGCAGGCAUUGCACCUAUCAUCACCCCCAACUUCCAGGCCUUGCCAAUGGAACAGGGACCGAGAAAGUUUUAUUCAUAUGGCACCGUGAACACUUUCAUUCAAAUUGUACAUGCUAUUUUUCAAUUUGAAGUUGCAAACAAUAGGAACUACCUAGAGCGUUCUAAUGAAGGCUUACCAGACUCGAACAAAGACUUCGCUUUUUCUCCACAGAUGCUGAUAGGCCUGCUGAGUUUUUUUCCAGCAAUUUCUGCUAUUGUUUCAGAUCUUAAGCAUCUGGAGUUCGUUGUCUUAUUAGAGGAGUACCUAUGUUCAGACACAGCAGUGCUCGGUUUUAGCACCAACAACUGUGUGAUCCUCUUUAUGGUGGGGUUUUAGAAACAGUGAACAGUAAGGAAAAUGAAAUGAAAACAGAACAGAGAACCUCUUUGAUAAUAUCUCACUAUUUAUCAUCUAGUCACUUAUAUCUUUUAAUUCAUCUUGCCAUAAGAAAAGCCACAUUGAUUGAACCUUAUUAACGCAGCUUGUUUGUGAGACACUUAUGCUAACAAGUCAAAAUUUCUCAUUUUAAGAUACUAAAAUGCUCAACAAAUUGAAGGGGUAAAAUUUUGGGUGGGUUCCUUUAUUAAUGUGAAGAAUUACCCACACAAUUGUACAUCAUACUGUCAGUGGUGACUACUGCAUUUAUAUUUUAUCUUCAAAAACUUGCUGACUCUUCAUGUGCUGUAUACAAAUUAACUGAAACAUAUUCAGGCUUUAUUCCCAAGUGAUUAACACAAAACAAAUCUUUUAAAACAAAGUAGCUACUGGAUUCUGUGAUGUUAUGCUUUUAUUUCCUAAGAGGAAUUGUUGUAGUUUAGCUUGUCAGGUCUACAGUCUAACUGUGAAAUAUGAACAUGGUGUGAGUCUCAGAACAUGUAAAUCACACUUAAUAACUGAUAAUCAGUAUACAGGUACAUGUUUUUGAGGUUUAGUUUUGGAACUUUUUGCAUUAAAUUAGAAUGGAGAACAAUGGCCUCAUCAUGUGAGAAAACUCUCAGGGUGUUACUAGUUUAUAAAGAAAAUCAGGUCACCCCAUGCCCAUAAGGAGGAUGUUGAUGAGCAAGCAACAUGAGCAACAAAAGCAAUCUGACAAGUGCUGUAUAUGAAUAAUUUGUAAUGAGAGCCAUGGGUAUUGUUAACUCCCUAUAGACUGAAAUUUAAAUGAAACAGUAUACUCAUGCAAUUAUUGGAACCAAGAUAUUUUAAAAAAGAACUUAAACAAUGCACACUUAUGCUGCACCAGGUUUCUGAAAUGAGAAAAGUAUUUAACCAGACAAUAUAUAGAUUUCAUUACUUUGUGUGGGUUUGCACUUACAAAUUUCAACAGUGUACUUCAAAGCCUACAGUCAAUCUACAACACAAAAAAGUGCAGUAUUUGAAAGAGAAUGAGGUAAAUUUUCUGAGAAGAUAAAAAGAUCAUAAAGAAGUCAGCUUAACAUUGGGCCAACAUUAUAUGAGUCAGUGAUAAACCUCCGACUCAUAAUUCAGCCAGUUUCUGGAAAGCUCACCAAAAGAAAGGGAGGUAAUUAUAUAUGCAGGUAGAGUUAGAGGUCUAAUGCUAUUUUGCCAAGCGAUGUUGCAACUUAAAGUUACCUGUUCUCACUCCGAAGCACUCUCAACAGACUAUUGGUAGUAACACAUGCUCAAUAGACAGGAUCAUGUUAAGUCCGUUUGCUCCACGUACUUGUGGGGGAAAAAAAAGCGUAUUCUACAUUCAAUGUGGGCCAUUGUUUUCACACAAUUGGACAGUCCUUUCACUGCUGAUCAUGUGACAAAGCUGUAACUGACUUGUCGAUUCAAAGGUACCCAGUUCAAAUGGUUAUAAAGCUAUCAAUCUACAUACUUAAUUACUGAUGAAUAAGAUGGACUUUGGAAUAUCAAAUGUGGGGACUAUUAAUGACCCCAAACUUUGGAAAGUGCAGAAAUAUGAUGAUGUUUGACAGUCAUGAGGUGUUGUUCCUAAUCAGUAAAAACAAAAGGCCAUAUUGGACUGUUCAUUAGUUAACUGUUUGAUAAAUGAGCAUGCUAAUUAACUAAAUAUCCACCUCUGAGCAAAGCAUAUGAACAUGAAUGAAAGGCAUUCUAAAAGUGGAGAAUGGUUCUUGGAAUUGUUGAUAUUUAAUGUUCAAAUCUGAUACAAACCUUCCAAAUGAUAAAUAGGAUAAAUAGUUAUAAAAUGAUUAUAAAGAUAACUAAGUUAUGGAUUGACUUGUCAAUUAAUGCAGCUUCAAUAAUUAUGGCAAUUUGUUAAAAAGUCUACUUCUGCAAAUAGGGAAUGGCAUUGUCCAUAUUACUUAGGUUUAAACUGUGAUUAUUUCAGAGUCUUUUCAAUUGUAUUAGUAACUCUGUUUUCUAAAAGCAAUAUCAAGAGUAACAGUGAAUAUAUGGGCAGUCGAAAGCUCAGAAUAUGGCUAUAAGCACCUCAGAGUGAAAAAAAAAGA